UGCCUGUAACAUGGCGACGGAGGAUGCCACCGUCCCGCAGCUAGUGGAGAGUAUAACACAGAGCAGCCCCUCUGCCAAUUGUAGCGUGACUAUGGCGGGGGGUGACAUUAGUAGUAAUGCACACACCACCAAUCCCUGCCAGAAAGACAGCAUCCUGGAUGAGCAAACCAGGAAGGAUCUUUUCACAGACACCUUCUGUAGGGUCUGCGGAGCGGUUCUGCAGUCCGAGUCUCAGAGGUCUGCGCAUUAUGAGGGCAAAAAGCACGCUCAGAAACUCCGGCUGUACUUGCUGAAAAAGGAGCUACAAGGAACAUCUUUACAAAAGGAAAAUGUCGAUCGCAUCGAUUAUAUUGCAGAUCACGGCGCAUCGCGUGACAAAAACAAGUUUUGCAGCCUGUGCAAUAUGGUGUUUAGUUCCCCGGUGGUGGCGCAGUCGCAUUACGUUGGGAAGAUCCAUGCUAAGAAGAUGAGGCAGCUUGGUGGAGACCAGGCUGAAUGGACGCCCCAGGCUGAUCAUGCGUGUUCACCUGUGACCUCUCAGGCAGACGCAGCUGCGCCGCCCGUCGCGGAUUACAGUCCCUCGUCUCCUGUGGUCGAGAAAUCCACGCCGCAGGACGCCAAUACGGAGCAACAGUCCUCUACCGACAAUGAGGUGGACUUAACCGACCCAGACAAGUACUGCAAACUCUGCUGCGCCUCCUUCAAUAAGCCACUAGUGGCGCUGCAGCAUUACAGCGGCAAAAAGCAUGCGCGGAACGUGGCCCGCAAAAGAAUGAUGGAAGAGAUGGAGGAGUCGGGUGAUCCUCUGGAGUGUGUGGUGAGCGAUGGGAAAUAUGUGUGUCCAAUUUGCAGCGUUACUCUCACAUCCAUAGAAAUGUACCAGGCUCACAUGCAAGGGAAUAAACAUCAAGUCAAAGAAACCAUGGUUACUAAAUUAAUGAACACCUCAAAGAAGUCUUACAAUUCAUUUCAAGAAGAAUUGGCAGACUACAUAAAAGUCCAGAAGGCCAGGGGACUGGAGCCGAAGACUCAGUUUAGGCAAGAGAGAGAUCAGUACGAUAGCUGUGAUUAUGACGAGGAGGAAUUGGAGGAGAGGCCUCCACCGGUAUACAAACAUACAAACAACAUCCCUUACAAAUAUCAUGAUCAGCAUUCCUUUUUCUAUCCGCCAUUUAAUGCGUUACACCCAGCCAAGCACAUGAAUCCGCCGUUGCCAUCACCCUGGGAAAAUCCCCACCAUAAUACGCCGCGCGGUCAUCACCGAAUGCCGACCUCAUCCAGUUCUAGCUCCAGUGAUGACUCUGAAGGAUCCUCCUCAGAUCACAGUAGUGGUUCCUACAGGAAAGACAGGAGACAUAGAAGGAAGCAUCACAAAGACAGCAAACAUAGAAGCAGAGCCAAAAUCCGGAGGGAGAACGACACCACAGAGAGGAAAAAGAAGAAAGUCGACGAGGCCAACUCAGGAAGAGAUGAUGACAAACAGUGUAAGAAAGAAGAAACGCGCUUGUCGGCAGUGGACAAAUCAAAGCAUAAGAAAGAAAAGAGAAAGCGAGAGGAACAGUCUGUAGACAAAGAGGCCAAAAAACACAAAAAGCCUAAAAAAGAAGAGGUGCAAAAAACAGAAGAGGAAAUCUUGUGGGACGAAUCCAUACUGGGGUUUUGAAAAAAGGUAUAUUUACAGAGAAAAGGGACAAUGAAUAUUUACUAAGACAAUACAAAUAUAUUAUAAACCUAGUAAAAAAAAAAAAAGAAACCUUGCACAGUCAUCACAAAAUGACGGGUCCGGCGACCAAGGAACUUUAAUGCCACCUAGAGAAUGGGUAACGUUUUAGCAGCCUGGCAUUAAAGCCGCGAAGGAGGAUUGUGAGAAGGCAAUUGGUGUCUCUGCUUUGUGUUUUGCAUACAAGUAAUUUAUUUUAACUCUUUGUAGGCGUUGUUCUACGGGCAAUUUUACAUUUUCCUGGGCGAAGCUAACAUUUUCGCACCAUGCAGGUUAAUCUCGAACAUGUCAGCCGCCACAUAGAAACACGAAUACUCCGAAUGGUCUAGCGGGGUGCGAGAGGUUAACUCCGCGAGGAACUUCUCAAUCUGUAAAGACCAUAUUACCGUCGUCUCACCUUUUUUUUUUUUUGGCUAUUUUAUUUAUUUCUAGUUCUGAUACUAAUCUUGGUGUUAAGUUCUCAAAACGGAACACAUAUUUUUGUAUUUUUAUUACUGCCAGAUAAUCUAACAGAAAUGUUUUCUUUUUCCCCAAAAAGUGUGUUUUUUUUUGUUUUCUUUUUUUUUUCUCCAUCAAACAACAAGGCUGUGCGUUGCUUCUCUGGUUGGACAAUUAUAAAAAGAAUGUGUUAAAUCUGUAUAAAAAAAAAAACACUGAAUUGAAAGAAGACUUUAUACAUUAUGUGAAGACGUUUUAUUAACGCCAAGUAGCCUUGUUUGAAACUGAUGUUAAAAAUAACAGUUCUGUAAAUUUGCUCCCGAAACGAAUUCAUUUACAUAAUCCGGAAUGCUGUCAGCUGUACGGUUACUAGUUUUAUAUAUUUUUUUUUUUUAUUAACACUCAGGUCCUCAUCCAAGCUGUGUCCAAAAAAAAAUGAAUCUAUGAAAAUGAUUUGAACUGGGGCCAACAUUCCAGUGAUGGCAAAUUUCAAAUAUCAGUGGAAACGUUUGUUUGAUUUUAUGUUGUACGGGGAUAAUAAACACCUUUCUGGCUUAAAAUGUA